AGCAGCAAGGCUUCUUGCUAAAGCAGAUGGGCCAUUUUGGCGACCACAUGCGCGCGCUUUUAUAGGGCCGUCAUUUCCAACGUUGCCAAGAACUCUGCUCCCACUUCACUCCUCCGGCUCACCGCUGCAAUGGCGCUCCGGCUCUUGCUCGCCGUCGCCGUCAUUGCAACGGCUCUGCCUGCGGUGGCGAGCGCCCCAGCUCUAGGGAUCAACUACGGCCAAGUGGCGGACAACCUGCCGCCGCCGCGGGCGGCGGCCGUGCUCCUCCGCGCGCUGAACGCCACCAAGGUCAAGCUCUACGACGCGGACUCGCGCGUGCUCAGCGCGUUCGCAGGCUCCGGCGCCGACUUCACCGUCGGCCUCCCGGACCGCCUCGUCCCUCGGCUCGCAACCGACCCCUCCGCCGCCGCCGCGUGGGUCCGCGCCAACAUCCUGCCCCACCUCCCGGCGACGUCAAUCACCGCCGUAACCGUCGGCAACGAGGUUCUCACCGGCACCGAUGGCACCAUGCUCCGGUCCCUCCUCCCCGCAAUGGAGGCCCUCCACGCCUCGCUCGCCGCCUGCAACCUCACCUCCCGCGUGGCCGUCACCACGGCGCACUCCCUCGCUGUGCUCUCCUCCUCGUUCCCGCCCUCGUCGGCGGCGUUCCGCCACGAACUCCUCCCGUACAUGACGCCGCUCCUCGGCUUCCUAGCCAAGACCGGCUCGCCGUUCCUCAUCAACGCCUAUCCCUACUUCGCCUACAAGGCCGACCCGGACCGCGUCGACCUCAACUACGUGCUGUUCGGGUCCAACGCCGGCGUCGCCGACGCGGCCACGGGGCUGCACUACGACAACAUGCUCCAUGCGCAGGUGGACGCCGUGCGCGCGGCGAUCUGCAGGGCCAACUACGGCAAGUUGGUGGAGAUACGCGUGUCGGAGACAGGGUGGCCGUCGCAGGGGGACGAAGACGAGGCCGGCGCGACCCCCGAGAACGCGGCGAGGUACAACGGCAACCUGAUGCGGCUGGUGGCGCAGGGGAAGGGGACCCCCGCGGCGCCCGGCGAGGCGCUGCAGGUGUACGUGUUCGCGCUGUUCAACGAGGACCAGAAGCCCGGGCCGGCGUCCGAGCGGCACUACGGGCUGUUCAAGCCGGACGGCACGCCCGCUUACGACGUUAGCGUCAAGCCGCCGACGAUCGGAGGCUGGAAGGGGAGCGGGAGCGGGAGCGGCAAUGGCACGAGCGGCGGCGCGGGGCUGGUGGUGUCGCAAGGGCCCGGCGGGGCGGACGGCGCAGGGCCGGGCACUGGAUACUACACCGUGUCCGCAGCAGCAGACAAGGUGAAGAGGCGGCGGUGGAGUACGGGAAGGUUGCUGAUGGCUGCCAUCCUCCUAAACAUGGUAUCCGGGCUCUGUUCCUCGUAACUCAUAGCCUGGGGAGAAGAGAGAUAGGAGACUGUAGAGCGAGCGAGAAAUGUCAUUCAUUGAUUCAUCAUUGUUAAAUUUUUUUGCGUCCAAUGCGAUUCCAUUCCCCUGAUUCAUAUGUACGCCUUGUAGCUUUGUAGAGGAAGAGAUGGGUGAUUGUUUGAUACAUACAUUCAUACUCCUGCUCAAAACUGAUCGAUCGGACUCUGAUUCAACGCCAUUCUCCUGUAUGUUUUCGCCUGGUAAUAGUAGCUUAGAAUUAUGCGGGAGGGAUUGCCGUCGCCCAGAGAUGCUACAUCUGCUACUGCAUUUUUUUAAGAGGAAACAGUCAAACAGGGGA